UCUAAAGCCUCUCCGAUGCAACUUGUCAGGCAUAGGCCGCCAAAGCAUGACCCCGCUUCACUUCCUGGUGCAUCAGUUGUGAAACCUACCCAGGCUACUUCCAAGAUAGACAUUACGCAUGUCAAUGCCGCUGCAUCCUCCCAACCUUUCAGCCCCUUCACAGAUUCCGAUUCCGCGGUCUGAAAUUGCCCUCGCUCCCGUCUUCUUGACUUUCUAUCCUGACCCGAUUGUUGCUCUGUCCACCUAACACACAAUGUCACCCAGGCUCCUCUGGGUCGGUCUCGGCAACAUUGGGAGGGGAAUGUGUAAAAACCUCGUCGAGAAGUACAACCUGGAUCAACCGCUUCUCGUCUACAAUCGCACCGUCAAACGAGCGACAGAACUGAGCCAGAGCUUGCCCGCUGGCAAGACAGAGAUCGCAGUCUCGCUCGGAGCCGCCAUUACCAAGGCCGAUAUUAUAUUCACGUGCAUUGCCAAUGACCAGGCAGUAGAGGAGGUCUUCGCGACCGCAGUCCAGCAUGACCUCAAUGGCAAAGUAUUCGUGGAGUGCUCUACCAUCGCCCCCGCUACUUCUGAGGCCGCAGCGAGGGCGGUCCUGGAAAAGGGCGCGGAAUUCGUUUGUGCCCCGGUAUUUGGUGCUCCCGCUAUGGUGGCUGCUGGUAAUGCGAUCUUGGUGUUGGCAGGACCCAAGACGUCGAUCGAGAAGAUCCGGCCAUAUGUCAAUGCCAUGGCAGCCCGCGAAAUCAACAUGGCCGGUGAGCCGUAUCACAAGGCUUCGACAUUGAAGGUGCUGGGAAACACCGUCAUCCUGGGCAUGGUCGAGCAGCUGGCAGAGACAUAUGUAACUGCCGAGAAGAGCGGGCUGGGAACUGGCUACCUCAAGCAGUUCGUCGACGCCCUCUUCGGUGGAAGCCCGUACCCUGCGUAUUCGGUACGGAUGUUGGAAGGUGACUACUAUAAGAGAGAAGAACCGCUAUUCGCGGUUGAUCUUGCGCGCAAGGACGCUGCCCAUGCCAUGGCCAUCGCUAAAGCUGCCGGCACGCGCCUACCAAAUAUCGAAACCGCCGACAAACACCUCCAGAUUGUGAAAGAACACGCGGGACCUUCGGGUGACAUGGCCGGUAUUUACGGCGCCGUGAGAAAGGAAGCUGGUCUCAAAUUCGAAAACGACUCCUAGGAAGGCUUCCAAGGAGCUGGAGUUUUCAAAGCUCUAAGAGCCUUGGAUGAGAUCAGAGCAAGGCAGGAGAAUUUAAUCAUGUCUCUAACCACAUUCGUUCCUCCUAUAUCUUCUGUUUCUAAUGACUCUAACCUAGCCUAC